AUUGGGCUUAUGUGCAAUUUUUAUUUUCCAUUAUAUAUUGAUGGCUAGAGAGAGAGAGAGAGAGAGAGAGAGAGACCACAACCCUGUAUCAAGGGCUGCAUGUACGAUAUUGUCUGGCGCCACCUGCUGGCACAUAAUACAUUACACAACCAUUCUGAAGUUUCACCGUUUGCAGCUGUAGACUUGAUAUAAAACUUUACAAAUGGUGAGUCAAUAAAAAGCAAGACUUUGUCACAAGGUAAAAAGAAAACAUCACAAUGUAAUCCCUUGUUUUAUACUUAUAUGAUAUUAAGGAAGGUACAAUCCAGCAGCACUUUUAAUUUUGGGGUCUCUGUGCAGCACUUGCACUGCAGUUUCUUCAAUGAUAGUCGCUUUACAUUUUGAAAGGCUGAAAACGCAUUCUAGUUGUGCACUCAGUCCUCGUUAUUUAAAUGAUCAAACAUUGAGUUUGUAACCGUGUACUGGCUGGAUACAGUUUGACAUGCUGCCAAAAGCUGAUGAAAACACAAUUAAAUUAGCAACCUAAAAUACUUAUUAGGCUCUAAAUUUAUUUUUUACAAAAUAAUCGUAUAUACAGUACGAAUGCUACAUUUGGAAGAGCAUGCCAAUACUGGGUCAGUACCUCCCUUUUGUAUACUGGGAUAACAAGUUUAACUGGAACAGAAUCUGACAUGAUUUUUUUUUUUUUGUAUUGUAUUAAAUACAUGCUGUUUUAAUUUAAAAUAAUUGCAAAUCUGUCAUUUUGACUGGAGAGCCAGACUCCAGGGACAAAGAUUGAUCAAAACAGACUUCUCCUGUGCUGUAUAAUUGAAGUCUCACCACUGCGUAAGGCUUGGCAGGUACAGGAGAGCGGACAGCAGCCAAGUCCUAAUGUGUUUGUACUUCUGCUCAGCAUGGCAGUUAUGAACCAGUACAGUAAUAAGUACUUCUGAGGGUUGCUAUGGAUACAGUUUCAAAACCUCGACCGAAGUUGAUGUAAUCACAAAUUUGCUUUAAUUUCCUAUUUUUCUUCCCCAUUAUAUGCUUUUAACAGACAGAAUGUUCAAACUGACACAUUUCCAGCCUCUACUGGGAGGGAGGGAGGGAAUGCCUAUAAAAUUAAAAACAAAUGAUGUUAUGAAAACCCAAAUCUGUGCUGAAAAUGUAUAGCGUUAGACGAAAGGAAUGCAGCGAGGUCUAUUCAGCUGAGCUACGCAUGAGCAGACAGACAUGCAGUUGACGUUUCAUUAUUUAGAAUAGGGCUCCCAUUGGGAUUAUAGUUUCUAUGCCAGAUAAAUAUGCUAAAGAAACGCCCAUGCAAGCUUACAUAACUUUAAUACAUUUGAGUGGUGGUAGCAGACCCCAGAAACUUUGUAAUGCAGUGUAUUGCAUUUGUAUGUAGCCUCUAAAGCAAUGCUACCUUGGCAAACGAUGGCAGCUAAACACUAUCAAACUCAUUUAAAUAUUUGGGGUUACUUUUAUUAAUAAUUAUUGCUUUACGGAUACUGGAGCUUUAACUAUACCAGUCGACCACGCCCACUCCCCUUUCCCCGCCCCUGGAAACAAAUCUAGGCAUGACAAAGCCGUUGCUAAGGACGCCCCAAGAUGACUGCUUCCAGUAAACAGCAAAGAAAUACCAGAUACUACAUCGGGGACGUUAAACAUCAACUCCGUGAUGGAUUCGGGGUGUACGUAUAUCCGAAUAGCUUCUUUCGUUAUGAAGGAGAGUGGAAAGCGGGGCAAAAGCACGGACACGGGAAGUUAUUAAUGAAGGAUGGGAGUUACUAUGAAGGGGAGUUUUCCUGCGGAGAAAUAGAUGGGAAUGGGUUAAGAUACUGGGCAUCUUCAGGUAACACAUAUUCAGGGCAGUUUCGCUGUGGAGAGCUCCAUGGAUUUGGUGUGAUGCAGUACGGCGAUGGCAGUCGAUAUGAGGGAGAGUUUUCUUAUGGUUUGAGAGAAGGACAUGGUUUUCUGCUGGACAAGGAGGGACAUGCUUACCAAGGUUCUUUCCAUAACAAUAAGAAGCAUGGAGAAGGGCAGAUGACUUGCAGGAAUGGGGAUCAGUAUGAAGGAGGUUGGAUACUGGACCAGAGACAAGGUCAUGGCGUGCUUCGUUUUAUAGACGGCUCAAUCUAUGAGGGUCAGUGGAGAAACAGCCUUUUCAAUGGCCAGGGGAGCAUGAUUCACUGCUCGGGUGUCAUUUACGAAGGCAUGUGGACGAAUGGACAGCCUGCUGGUGGGGCGAGUAAGAUUGUGAUUGAGGGAGGGGAUGUCCUUGAGGUGUUCCAGGACUCCCCGUUUACUGUUGAAGUCCAACUCCAAAACAACGAGGGAGAAAUGACUGCAGGUGAGAGUGGCCGUGUCCUGAAGCUCUCAGCUGGUGUCCGAUACACUGAACUCCCUCCCAGCUGCUCCUCCACCACCUUCCUAAAGCUGAUUGAAGACAUGGAAGAAAAACCUUUUCCAACUCCAUUCGGCUUUGAGUGUAUUAGCUACCCUUUGAUGGAGAAGAUGCUUGAAAGAGACCACUCCAGAGGCUCAGCCCCCCUUGCGGUGACUAAAUCUGGAUUUGUGCUGACUGACUCCCCAAUCCCUGAGGGUGAAGUGGAGUCUGGAAGUGGAUCAGACACCAUGGGCGGCAGGGGUGCGCCCCCCAGCAACCUGGAUGGAAACCUGCAGUUCUCAGGGUCAGAGGAUGAUUGGCAACCCCCUCCAGCCAAUCAGAGAGUAGAAGCAGGCUGUGCUAAAUUCCAAAAUGUCAUGCUUGCCCCUCCUCCCACAAACUACCGGGCUUUUCUGGUGAUGGAUGAACUGGAAAAGCAAAAAGCAGCUAAGAAGCCAGCUGGCAGAGCUUCUUCAGAGAAACUGACAUCAUCCCUGGACAGAAGUGCUGACAGCAGAUCCAACAUAGUGAGCCACGUGGGAGGUAAUUCAAAGAGCAGCCUUGCAGACAGCGUGAACGUGAGAGCAGGUGAAUAUGUGAUUAUGGUCCAGGACGUGACCAGCCCACCGUUCCUUAACCACCCUCUACCGCCAGCGUUUGUGCUUCUCAGAGUCAUUCCCCCAAAGAACGGCAAGAACAGCAAGAGUGUCAGAAAGGAAAGCAAGUGAUCACACCAGUCAGGGCAGCUCCUUGCAAACUAAUAUGUGAGUUUUUCCUAGCAGGGAUCACCAUGUGUGUGUUUUACAGUACAUUUUCAUUCCAAAUUAUUUGAUUGAAGACAAAAGCAUGGAGAUAUUGGCAAUUCAAAAGGGGCUCUAAUGUUUAUUUUAUAAUGUUUAAGAAAACCUCAGUACCUUGUAUUGUUUUUUUUUGUUUCUUGUUUUUUUUUACUGUAUGUGAAGCAUAUCAUAAAAUGUGCAGCCCCUUCUCGUUUGUGUCUCAUUUUCUGCAUCAACUUGGCAGUGUCAGAUUCUGUCAACACAGUCAUUGACGUUUGUGACAUCUGCUGUUAUUUCUCGCAAAUAUGCGAAAGAACGUUGUUGACAACUGCAAUAAUAAUAAUAAUAAUAAUAAUAAUAAUAAUAAUAAUAAUAAUAAUAAUAAUAAUAAUAAUAAUGCCACCACUUGUUUGAGAUGUAUUAUUAAAUAUGCAGACUGCGAAAAAAUGGAAAGAGAAAAAAACAUUUUCAGUUGGUGGUCCGAUAGUUGCCCUCAUCUUUACCCCUUGGUUUUGAUGUGCUUUUGUUCAGAACUUGGCAUCUUAUUCACAAGUUUUUUACCAAUACUGUACAUGACUUUGUAAUAAAUCUCCUUAAAACAUG